AUGGGGGUGGGCGAUUACGUCCACUCCAAAGAAGUUGGCCAGCCUCGUGCACCUCCGGACUUAGGUCCCUCUCAACGCCAAUUGCGAGCUGCUCAAGCAAAAGUCGAUGUGACUGUUACCCACACAGAACUCAAUGCGCCCGCAAGAGCAGCUCCACUGAUUUUUCAGGAGCCAAGGUCCAUUCCAGACAAGCAGUUUCGCCCAGCUCCAGAAAAUGGAGUGCAUCGGGAUGCUUUCGACACUGAUGUAGAGGGGAUUGAUGAUUCAACUAUUGCGGGAACGAGUGUUUAUGGAUUUGAUGACCCUCAAUCUCAUGCCCCAUUGAACCAAAAUUCUUCUUACACGGAAACUUCCCCGCGUCCCUCUUAUUUGCCGCGCCCCGCGCGCCGCUUUGACUCUGAUGAUGCCGAUGAUACCUCCAGCCAAGUUACUUCCUCUGCUGCUGCAGAUGAUGAGAGGACUGAGCAGUUACCACCGCAGCAACAACAGCAGCCACAGUCUCAGCAAGAAGAGCCUCAGCAACAGCAACCAAGCAGCUGGUAUCUGUCUCACAAAUAUCGCUCAACAGAGGAGCCGCUGAGCAAACGACUGGAAAAUUUCUGGUCGGCGAGCAGAAGGGCUCCCAAGUCAAUGGAUCAGUCACAGGCAGACCCCCGGGUACAAAUCUCAGCAGACCCAGCUUCUGAACCUAGCCCACCACCACGAAAGCUUGGUCAUAUGCUACCACCUACAGCGCCCAGAAAGAUUACUCUCCCUCAUAGUAUGUCCGCGACGCCAAGAACGCGCUUCAGUCCACCAAAGCCAUCCCUAUUGGACCAACUGGACAUAUCACCAACUCGAGUUGAAUCCGAGUCACCCCCACAGGCUCGAACUCUCAGUAUCACAGCCCUCGCCGAAGAGGAAAACAGUGACUAUGAGGGUGGGGAUGCAGGGAUUGACGAGACAAUUCGAUUGAGCAGCAGAAGGGAUAGCGUACACUCAGCCAACGUCUUCGGCAUCACGAACAUGUCAGACAUGUUGGAUCGUGAGGAUUCUGUUCUUGAAACUGCUCAGGACCCGUUUUUUACUCAGUCAACUUCGACCCGCCCUCGCCGUAACACAGUCAUUCGAUCCAAGAAAAGACACCUGGAGCCGGAUUACCCACCACACCAGCUCUAUCAAAAAUCAUUUGCGGAGUUACAAGCCGAACCAUUUGAAAAGGCACCAACUCCAACUCUCCCUCCAGCUAAAUCGCCAUCCUUGCCUCCCGUGCCUUCCGUUGUUUCAGCUCCUGAGUCUCCUCACGAAAUGGGAUCUCACCUCCUGACCCUCUCAGAAAAGGACCGUCACACAUACUUGUCUGGUCUGUCUAUGGACGACUGGGAAGACUGCGGCGAUCAACUACUUGACCAGUUCAGCCAUCUGCUCUUGGAAAUGAAAAAACUGCGCCGUGCUCGCCGACGUACUGCCCAGGCAUUUGAAGAUGAAAUCAAGCGUCGCCAUGAGCAAAUUGAGAUCCAGGGCCAGGAGCUCUCUGCGAAAAUGCAAGAGAUGAGAACUGGGAGCGCGGAUAUGUUGCGUGGCCAGAAUCCUUGA